AAAUUGCUAUAAGCCGACACCUACAUGUACUAUUAUGACGAAACAUGACAAGAUAAGUUAUAGCUCAAGUUCUGACUCUGAAAGUGAUCCAGAGGAGGCUCCCCCUAUUGAGACAACUGGAGAAAAUGACAUCCUCACACUAGCAGAUGAACCUGGAGAUCUCAUUCUGCCCCCUGAAGAUUUAGGGGAAGAAGAUGAAGGGGAGGGAGAAGGGGGUGAGAGUGGAACGGAACAGCCAACACCCUCUGAUGUAGAACUGAAGAAAAUUGAGGAGGAAAAGCCUAAAAAGAAAAAGAAGAAAAAGAAAAAAUGGUUCAUCUGUACAGUGAGCUGCAAGUAUGAGUCAGUUCGCAGAGUGUCUAAGAGGUUUGGGUUCAAAGAGGUCAAUGAAGAUGAGGACUGGCACCUCUACUGGACGGACUACUCUGUGGCAUUGGAGCGUGUCAUGGACAUGAAGAAAUACCAGAAAAUCAAUCAUUUCCCCGGAAUGAGUGAAAUCUGUAGGAAGGACCUGCUGGCCAGGAACAUGAAUAGAAUGAUAAAAUUAUUCCCUAAAGAAUACAAUGUCUUCCCAAAAUCAUGGAUCCUUCCUUCAGAUUAUGGUGAUUUCCUUGCGUACACAAGAGCCAAGAAACACAAAACAUACAUUCUGAAACCUGAGAGUGGCUGUCAGGGGAAGGGGAUCUGGGUGACAAAGAACCCUAAAGAUAUAAAACCACACGAGCAUAUGCUCUGUCAACAAUACCUCUCAAAGCCAUUUCUAAUUGACCAGUUCAAGUUUGAUCUGCGUGUGUAUGCCCUGGUAACAUCAUGUGACCCUCUCAGGAUAUUUGUAUUUAAAGAUGGCCUGGCAAGAUUUGCAACAGUGAAAUACUCAGAUCCGACUAGUCACAAUACAGAUAAUGUGUACAUGCACCUGACCAACUAUGCUAUAAACAAACACAGCACUGACUUUGUUCGAGAUGAUGAGGCUGGAAGCAAAAGGCGAAUCUCCACUGUCAACAAGUGGUUCAAGGAUAAGGGAUAUGACGUGGACAAGAUUUGGAAUGAUAUUGACGAUGUCAUAAUAAAGACACUGAUUUCUGCUCACCCUGUGCUCAAGCACAACUACAGGACGUGUUUCCCUAACCAUGUGAAAGGAAGUGCGUGUUUUGAGAUUCUAGGUUUUGACAUUAUGUUUGACAAGAAGUUGAAGCCAUAUCUUAUAGAGGUGAACCAUUCCCCAAGCUUCCACACAGACUCCAAACUAGAUAAAGAAAUCAAAGAGGCCAUGUUAUAUGAUACCAUGAACCUUGCAAACUUUGGUGCAAUAGACAAACGCAGGUGUAUUGAAGAAGAAAGGCGAAAAAUCAAAGAGAGGCUAUUUCAGAAAAAUCACAAAAAAGAAACAAAAGAGGACCUUGAUCAGAUACAGAAGCAGUUCUGGGAGGCCCAGACAAAGUACGAGGACAAACACAUGGGCAAUUACAGGCGAGCUUAUCCCAGUGAGGGCUAUGAGAAGUAUGAUAAAUAUUUCAGCCAUAGUGGCUCCCUCUAUCAGGAGACUGCAGCUUAUAAGGCUCGCUCUGAAGCCGCAAGGCAACAACGUGAGGAGAUUCUACGUAAGAAAGAGAAGCUGGAAUCAAUGUUGAAGAAGAAGAAAGAUGUCAGGCCUGAGAGUCCUGGAACCAGGCGUCGUAAUCGCGUCAAAAAAACUUCUCCAUCUAAAAAACCUACUAUGAAAGCAUCAGAGGGUAACCCAUGGGGACAUCCACAUGAUCUGGCAAACCUGGAGCCAGUUAAUACGCAGAAGCCAGUUGACAUCGCAGAAGAGGAUGAGCUAGAGAGAAUCAGUGCCUUGCUACAACGCGACAAUCUUGUACGCGGACUGGGAAUAGUGGAGCAUGUAUAUAGGUUACUACACUGCACUCCUGGCACCAUGGGGGUUGCAAACAAUAGACAGCACAUAAACCUUCAUGCUAAAAAGUCCAGCACUUAUAUAGAGACAUUGACCGUAUUUGGUCAUGAGAGGCCUUUUCGUCGUAAACUUGCCAACAAAUAUUACAACUAUAUUGAGGAACAGAACUCACAUAUCAAUGCAGAGAGACAUUUAAUUGCCCAGGCUGUUGAGUCUAAAGACAUCAACAUUGCAGAGAGAGAAAUAAACAGAAUUAACAAGAUUGGUAUUGUACAACAAGCCGCAGGAAGGAACUCCGAAAGGCAAACUGAGAAAUACACUCCUUAUAAGGAGCUGGAGAAGCUCUCCCCGAAGCCUCAUUCUGAUAUCCAAAAUGUGCAAAGUCAGAGUGGUUUGAGAGCACGUGAGAUGACCUUGGUCAGUGAGGCUGCUGGUAAUGAACCUGGUUCAAACCAGUCAAGGCCAGAUACUGGUCCAUUAUUGAGACGUGAACAGACUGUAGGGUCAAUGAAUGCUCGCAUUGACGGCAAUGAGGAUGUUGACCUUCCCUUGAAGACCUCACAGUUGAACAUUCAUGACAAUUCACAGUUACUCCAGACCUCCACCUACUCUAACCAGGGCCUCAACACAGCACUCCAGUCCUACACGCAGCCCUCUCAGAGGCUCCACAUGUAUGCAUCACAACAAGCGCCUAGUAACCAGUACCAACAGUCUCCUACCUCACAAUAUCCCGUACAGUGGACGUCAGGAAAGAGUUUGAAAUCAUCGAAUUAUGCAGGGUCCAGUAAUGCUGGAUCCUCAACAGGACAGAAAAUCAAGCAGACAAACUCGAGGAAGUAUGUUAACAUGGCAAGAGGGGGCUCUACUCAAGUAUUAUCUGAGAAUGAAUACAAACAGUUUGCAUCAGCAGUGGAGAGUGAGCUUGAGCGUACUAGGCUAGGGCGGGGCUUGGAGUGGCGGACAGAGGGUUCCGCGGGCUCCAAUAGAGUGCGUACUCUGUCUGCAACAUCUUCACACAGGUCUAGAGAUCCAGCAAUCAAAUACAGUACACGAUUAGCAGGCCAAAGUGACUCUUACCCUCAGCUCAGUGUUGAACCCUCCCAGCCACCUUACAAUCUACCUAGUGUACUGGCUAAGAAUGCUGUCCCUCAGCCUGCUGCCUCUCUGGGUCUCUCUGUGGUGUCAGCCCCUGCCCCUGUGGUGCAGAGACCAGAGCUUGGGAGUCAAGGAAAUGGCAAGUCAAAGCAAAAGGAUAAAGAAGGACAACAAGGCUUAGAUCAAAUAUCAGGCAUUAGGCCCACUAAAGCUCAAAAAAUAAGAGGGGCAUCUAAUAGUAUACGUUUAAAGCAGUUAGAACUUCGAGAAAAUCAUGCUUCUGUAUUGAGCUGA